AUGUCGUUUGACGCGCAAAAUCGGUACCGUGUGGUGGAGCUUCUCAGGAGUCUCUAUGCCAGUCCCAACGUGGAAGGAGAACGUGAGACAAUAUUGGCAUUGGCUAAUUUGGUGCAGCAAGGCAAUGCGCAACUUGUUUUGGACGAAAUCAAGGAGUAUCUCAAGCGCGGACUUCCGGUAGAACAAGAACGGUCCAUGAUUAUCUUGGACCAAUUGUUGCUUAAUUGCAUGCCUCAAUUUGCCGGUAUGGUCUCAUCUGAAAAAUGGACCGAACGUCUCUUGAAGGUUGCAAAGUCUGCGACGGUGGAAAGUGUCACAUAUAAGAUUAUUGAAACUGUUAUUAUGUGGCAAAAGAGGUACCGCACCGAUGGAUUCAAACGUUGUGUGCUUCGCUUUUCCCAAAGCAAAGUUUUGGGAGAAACCUUCAACCGAGUUUUGCACCGAAUUAAUGCGGAACAACGCUCCUUGACGCGCAGCAGAAAUCAGAGUCGGGAUAGUGCUGGACAAGAGGAAGUUGGGCAAACGGACAAACAUCAUGCUCUUAAUCGAGCAGAAACUAUCCUGCUUGAGGCCCAGGGUGAUCUUGCCUCUCUGGAGUACGCCCUUGAACACCCUCAUAUUCUUCAUGAUGAGGAUAUCGCUAAGGAGUGCAAACAACACAAGUUACGUUGCAUGCGCUUACUCGAGACUGGCCAGCAUGAGGAAUAUGCAUCGGAGCUUAUGCAGUUAAUUGAGCGCUUCUCGGAAGCGUUGGAACUGUAUGAGGCAAUGACCGGUCUUGACAUGGGCGAAGGUGAGGCAGCUCGAAGACGCGCUUUGUAUGGGGACGACGGAGGUGGGGAAACACUGGACAGCGACGAUGAGGAGCACGCGAGGCGACUUCGUGAGCGUGCCGCCCCAAAAGAGAAUGCUGAGCAGGUUAUGUUGAAAGCCCAAGAAGCCACACAACAGUUGGUCCAGCAGGAGCGCUCUAUAACAGCAGAACUACGCAACCAGCUUGAAGAACUACGCCGCAAGCAUGAAGAACUACAAAAUAAAUACAAGGAUGCAAAGGUCAAAAAUAGAGAUGCCGUGGCUGCUUUGGAAGAAUACGCAGAUCAAAUUGAAGCACUCAAGGCUGGAGGCGCCAAUUUCAAUAAUGCUACAGCCAUGUUUGGGGCAAGUGGUAAGGGGGCACAGGCCGUCUCCUCGAUAUCGGUAGAGAUGGGAAGAAGAAUGCGUGACAAUGUGCAGGUCAUGCGUCAAUCCCUACGGGAAAUACGGGAGCAAUAUGCCGCUGAUAUCAAAAAGGAAAGUGCAUAUUAUUCCUCUCAACUGACCAGUGCCAUUGCUUCUAUUGUUGCUGCUUCACAACGGGACCGCCAGGCGGAUCACAAGGCACUGUUGUGGACACAGGAGUUAUACAAGAAGGAGAUGAAACUCCGUAAACAGUACUACAAUACAAUUCAAGAACUAAAAGGAAAUAUUCGUGUGUACUGUCGUGUUCGCCCGCUGACACCUAAAGAGAUUAGCGGAGGUCAUAAUUCUGUAAUGGAAUUUCCUAGCACUGACGAACUCAAGUUUGUUGAUCAGAAUGGUCGCCCGAAGCUUUUUGAGUUUGAUGAGGUGUAUCCGCCAGCCGCAACUCAAGCAAAGGUGUUUGAGGACACAUGUCCCCUUAUUGACAGUGUCGUGGAUGGUUACAAUGUUUGCAUCUUUGCCUAUGGACAAACUGGGAGUGGCAAAACAUAUACCAUGGGUGGAGGAGAAGGGGAGUUAAAAGGCAUCAAUACACGAGCACUGGAGCGCCUUUUCCAAGUCAUUGAGGAACGCGAAAACACGGAAGAGUCCACUGUUGUAAUUUCGGUACUUGAAAUUUAUUGCGAGAAUAUUCGUGAUUUGUUGGGUCCUAAAGAUGCAGGAAAGUUAUCUUACGAGGUAAAGCAGGGUGGACCAUGCGGCACAUACGUGACAAAUCUCACUGAGGUGCCGGUGAAUUCGCCAAAAGAAAUUCAUGACAUCAUGGCUCGCGCAAAUCGAUGCCGAAGUGAGGGACAGACCAAUAUGAACGAGCAUUCAUCCAGGUCGCACAUGGUUCUGUAUAUUGUGGUUCGAACAACGAAUAAACAGACGAGAAUGCAGAGCUUUGGAAAGCUUUCUUUGGUUGACUUGGCAGGGAGCGAACGACUUGAAAAGAGUGGUGCGGAGGGGCAACAGAUGAAGGAAGCAGUUUCCAUCAAUAAAUCCUUGUCCGCAUUAGGAGACGUCAUCUCUGGGCUUGCACAGAACAGCAAGCACGUUCCUUUUCGGAACUCUGUUUUGACGUUCCUUCUGCAGGAUUCCAUGUCCGGACAGGCGAAGGUUCUCAUGUUUGUAUGUGUCAGUCCUGCAAGCUACAAUUGCAGUGAAAGCAACAGUUCCCUGCAGUUUGCGUCCCGUGCCCGUGGCGUGGCGUUUGGACAAAUCAAAAAGAACACCGUGGUAGCGACUUAA